AUGGCAACUGAAGAUGGCAACCAAUACAAUGAGAUGGUAGUCAACAAAGGGGAGGGUGGUCAAGUCAGCAUCAAGGGGGUCUUAGGAUUCCAAAGUCUGACCGGGGGUUGGGUAGCAUUCACGGUUGAGUGCGACACGGAGACCGAGGGAGUGGGAGGUGAAAAUGGGGAGAUGCUGCCAGUGGUGGCAGACAUGGAAAGUAUCAUCACUGACGAUGUGGGGUUGGGGAAUGACAGUCACACUGUUCCUGGGCCGCCGUUGGCAACAAUUUCAAGUGCCUGCAAUGUUGUGUUUCGUUGGAAAUUGUUCCAUGAAACUGGGUUUGCAAGGCCUGUGAGGCAUCUGGGACAAGUAGAGGGCAAGUAG